AUGAUAAAUAUUGAACGACCUGUAGACAACAACGAGUCGUGGGCUGGGCGGGCGUGGGAGCGCCUGCUGCGCAAGACGAACAAACGAACAAACAUAUUCUCCGCGGUGAACAACUUCUUCGCUGAUUCGCCGCUGGUGAAUCAGCUCAAAGGCAUCAUGACAAGACAAACGAGUAGCAGCGGUGGCGAGCCUGGUCCACCUGAUGAAACAUCAAGGCCAGAGAGUCAGGGACCUCCAUCUUUGGCCCUCAGCCGCUCAGAGAGUCAGCAACCAGAGGCAGAUAUGUCGUCUCCGUCGAAAACUCAGCGUCAGGUGACAUUUCUGAAGCCGGCGGCAGACACAAACCUCGACAGGAAGGCUUCCAUCGUUGAUGAGACCUCAGGAAUAACCAGAACGCAAAUGAAAGAAUUCCGUGAGGCAUUCCGCCUGUUCGAUAAGGAUGGUGAUGGCACUAUCACUAAAGAAGAACUGGGCAGAGUUAUGCGCAGCUUGGGACAGUUCGCCAGAGUUGAAGAGUUACAGGACAUGCUGCAAGAAGUCGACAGUGAUGGUGACGGUAAUGUAAGUUUCGAAGAGUUCGUCAGCAUCUUAUCCAAGUCGAUGGGCGGCAUGAGCGGCCCCACUUCUGCUGAACAGGAGGAAAGGGAACUCCGAGAUGCGUUCAGGGUGUUCGAUAAGCAUAACCGUGGGUAUAUUUGCGCGUCGGACUUGAGGGCUGUACUGCAAUGUUUAGGCGAAGACCUGUCCGAAGAAGAGAUUGAAGAUAUGAUCAAGGAAGUGGACGCCGAUGGUGAUGGUCGUAUUGACUUUUUGGAAUUUGUCCGAGCCCUCGGCGAGCCUGAAGACGCGUGUGACGAUGAAGACGAAGACGAUCCGACAGAGGGCCCAGACCUGCUGAUGCCUCGACGCAUCGCAGCUAACUGA